UCAGGUUGAUGAACUUUAAAAAACAAAAACUCGUUGUUCGCCGUCGCCAUUUUGUUUGAUUGCUUUUUCCAGGUGGAUUCUUAGAUUUAUUGAUAAAUAUUGUGAUUUAUGUGAAUUGAAAAAUGUCUAAACGGAGGAUUGAAGUAUUGGAUCCUUUUAUCAAGAAGAAACGGGAGGAGAAAGCGGCAGCGGCAGCUAAGUCCGGCGGCAGCGGUGAGUCGUCAGCUGUAACAAGUGCCAGUAUGGUUCCCGCCAGUACUGGCACUCCGGGGAUCAACUCUUAUACAGGCUUGCCUCAUUCACAACGCUAUCAUGAGCUGCUGCGCAGGAGACUGGGCUUGCCCGUUUGGGAGUACAAGAGCGAUUUCAUGAGACUGCUGGAUACGCACCAGUGUGUCGUGUUAGUCGGAGAGACAGGGUCAGGCAAAACAACGCAGAUUCCUCAAUGGUCCGUCGAGUUUGCCGCUAUAACUGCCGGCAAGUCCAAAGGCGUUGCCUGCACCCAGCCCAGGCGUGUGGCGGCCAUGUCAGUGGCUCAGAGGGUCGCUGAAGAAAUGGACGUCGCUUUGGGUCAACAAGUCGGCUACAGCAUCCGUUUCGAGGACUGCUCCGGACCGCAGACCGUAUUGAAAUACAUGACAGACGGUAUGCUGCUUCGCGAGGCCAUGUCAGAUCCUAUGCUGGAACAGUACAGGGUGAUACUGCUGGACGAGGCCCACGAGAGGACGUUGGCCACUGACAUACUGAUGGGUGUGCUGAAAGAGGUUAUAAAACAGCGGUCCGAUUUGAAAUUGGUCAUCAUGUCUGCAACAUUGGACGCUGGCAAGUUCCAACAGUAUUUUGAUAACGCACCGCUGAUGAAUGUGCCGGGCAGAACGCAUCCGGUGGAGAUUUUUUAUACACCGCAACCGGAGAGGGAUUAUUUGGAAGCGGCUAUAAGGACGGUUGUUCAGAUUCACAUAUGCGAAGAGAUAGCCGGUGAUAUAUUGCUGUUUUUGACCGGUCAAGAGGAGAUUGAGGAUGCUUGUAAGAGAAUCAAAAGGGAGAUUGAUAAUCUGGGGCCUGAUGCCGGGGAGUUGAAGUGUAUACCUCUGUAUUCCACACUGCCGCCUAAUCUACAGCAGAGAAUAUUCGAACCGGCACCACCGAAUCGCGCUAACGGCGCCAUCGGCCGCAAAGUGGUCGUCUCGACCAACAUAGCGGAGACAUCGUUGACGAUAGACGGUGUUGUGUUCGUGAUUGACCCGGGAUUCGCUAAGCAGAAGGUGUACAACCCGCGCAUCCGCGUGGAGUCGCUGCUGGUGUCGCCCAUCAGCAAGGCGUCUGCGCAGCAGCGCGCCGGCCGCGCGGGCCGCACGCGCCCCGGCAAGUGUUUCCGUCUCUAUACGGAGAAGGCGUACAAGAACGAGAUGCAAGACAACACUUAUCCGGAGAUAUUGAGAUCAAACUUAGGAUCUGUAGUUUUGCAGUUGAAAAAGCUGGGCAUUGAUGAUUUGGUGCAUUUCGACUUCAUGGACCCGCCCGCUCCCGAGACGCUAAUGAGGGCAUUGGAGCUGCUGAACUACCUCGCCGCACUUGACGACGACGGUAACCUAACUGAUCUGGGCGCUGUCAUGGCGGAGUUCCCGCUGGACCCUCAGCUGGCCAAGAUGUUGAUAGCCAGCUGUAACCACAACUGUUCCAAUGAGAUACUCAGCAUAACAGCUAUGUUGUCAGUGCCACAAUGCUUCGUGCGCCCGAACGAAGCCAGGAAAGCGGCGGACGAAGCGAAAAUGAGAUUCGCUCACAUAGACGGCGACCACCUGACUCUGCUCAACGUGUAUCACGCUUUCAAACAGAACAUGGAGGACCCUCACUGGUGUUACGACAACUUCAUCAAUUACAGAUCGCUGAAGUCCGGUGAUAACGUGAGACAGCAACUCAGUAGAAUAAUGGACAGAUUCAAUUUAAAACGGACCAGUACAGAGUUCACUAGCAAAGAUUACUACAUUAAUAUAAGGAAAGCACUCGUCGAUGGAUUCUUUAUGCAGGUGGCGCACCUGGAACGAACCGGUUACUAUUUAACAGUGAAAGACAACCAAGUUGUGCAACUACACCCGUCCACCUGCCUUGACCACAAGCCGGACUGGGUGAUAUACAAUGAGUUUGUUCUCACCACAAAGAAUUAUAUUAGGACCGUCACUGAUAUUAAACCGGAAUGGCUCCUAAAAAUAGCGCCACAAUAUUACGAACUGAACAACUUCCCGCAGUGCGAGGCGCGGCGGCAGCUGGAACUGCUCCAGGCCAGGCUCGACUCCAAGCCCUAUCAGGAGGGAUUCUAGAAUAAUAAAUACACGGUUUAGUCUAUA